AUGUACUGGCCCCAUGGAGUUCCGCGGGUCUAUGCGGUCAAUGGCCCUGGAAUUCCGUUCUCCGUCUCCGACGAUGACGAAUCAUCUAUAGGAUUGGAACAAUCCGUCGAACAAUCGCUGUCAUUGAAUGACAAUGGGCCGAAGCAACCGUCCGGUACGGAGUCAGCAUGGGCGAAUGAAGCCAUUGACGGCCUCUGCGUGUCGCGCACGGGUCAUAUGUUUGCGACGAUGACCCGCACAUCGAUUGCUUUAUGGCAGACGAGACCUACCGCCGUCGUCGCCGCAGUCACCCGGUCCACUUCGUCGCUCGAGACCUACGGUCCCAAUGUGGCCCUUCUGAUGCAUCCUGAUUCCACCAUCAUCGUUGUACAAACCCUCAACGGUUACCUUUUGACCUACACGGUUGCUACGGAUCCUCAUAGCCGGGUAUAUCAACAACACUUCGACCACUCUACUCAACGGCAGCUUGCGCGUUUGUCCGCCGAGGAGGAUGCUAAUGGGGUUCGAGACGUUAGUAUGCGAUUCCGGAUGGCUAUUAAGAUUGAGUCCGGGAUCGUUCGGGCCCUUGCCCUGGAUAAUGAACUUGUUGUCGCCACUGUGAAGCCGCCGGCUAUCCAGUGUAUUCGAUGGACUCCGGAUGCCAGCGGCUCGCAAACCACCUCGGAGUUACUGAGCCGGAUUUUGGGAGUGUCUAAGCGCACAUCUAUAACGGACAUGGUGUAUGAUCGUGCCAUCAACCUCCUCGUAUGGGUCACCAAUGACGGACAAGCAUACGCCGUCCAGCGCGCAUCAGGCGGGGCGCAGGAACCCGGGGCACCCAAAAAGCUUUUCAACGGACAUUGUUUCCACAGCCCCAAGAAUGACGGCGAGAAGGCUGUCAAGGUCGCGGUGAACGCCCGAUUUUCACUGUUGACAGUGAACUGCGCCAACGGCGAGGUCUUGGUGUACACGGCGAAAGACUACCUGGGGAAUGUGCCCCUUUCUCACAAACUUCAAUUACCGGCGUCGCAAGUGACGACCGGCAAUUUAAAUUUCAUGUGUUACUCGCCAGAUGGAUAUUGCCUGUUCGCCGGUUACGAUCGCGGGUGGACCACAUGGAGCGUGUUCGGUAAACCCGGAGGCAACAGUUUUACGGCAGACCGGGACCUUGCCAAAGCCAACGCUGAGAAUUGGCUGAAUGGAACCUCGUAUGGUUGCUGGAUAGGCGGAGGCUCCGACAUAAUACUGGCAGGGAUGGAAGAUCGACGCCUCUGGAUUUUGGAAACGGCUCGCAGCGCCCUAACAGGCUGCUUUUCUUCGGCGAAUCUAGCCAGAGGCCUAUUGCAAACAGGUACCGAGGUCAUUCUAUACCGAGGGCACGAUUUGCCCGACCUCAUGACCAUAUCCGGCAAAGAUUCUCUCUGGCAUCAUGCGCAGUACCCCCAAAGCUACCUCCAUUCUCAGUGGCCCAUCCGAUCCAGUGUCGUGUCGCAAGACGGGCGCUAUGUAGCCGUUGCCGGUCGACGGGGCCUUGCACACUACAGCGUGAACAGUGGACGGUGGAAAGUGUUCGAGGACGCCAAAGUAGAGAACUCCUUUGCAGUCCGGGGCGGCAUGUGCUGGUACGGGCAUAUUUUGAUCGCCGCCAUUGAAAGUGACGGAUCAUACGAGCUGCGAUUAUACUCCCGAGAGCAGCCGCUAAACAAUCAAUCGAUUUUGCACAUAGAGUAUCUUCCCUCGCCGGUGGUUUUCCUCGGGCCAUCGGGUGAGGACUCCAUUCUUGUUUAUACCUACGACAACAUCCUAUACCAUUACAUCAUCUCCUCUGUGAACUCUCGGAUCUCGCUGGUCCCAGUUGGUCAGAUAGCUUUCAACGGCAUUGUGCGAGCCCCAACUCGAGUACGGGCGAUUAGCUGGGUGCUUCCGGAGGAUCAGCUGCGCAAUGGCGACCCAUCCCAGGAUGUCAAGCAAGCUUCGGUGCUCCUUUUGGUCGAUGGCAACCUUGUGUUGCUCCAGCCGUCGACGUCGGACGCCGGGGACUUGAAGUACGACAUGAGAGUGGUCUCUCACGACGUUGAGUAUUACAUCUUGAUGCGCGACCAGUUCUCAUUCAACUUCGCGCCGUCGAUGAACGAGUCCUUGCCCUCCAGUCCUUCGGCCGAAAUGGCAUUAAACAUGUAUCACCAUAACCUGUCGUUGAGGGACUCUCUCUGGACCUUCUGCGGGAAAGAUCUCCUCGCCUGGGGCGAUGUGCAAGACGUUCUACGACGGGAAGAUGUUCCCAAGGCGAUCGAAAUCCCACUGGACUUUUACCCGCUGUCGGUAUUGUUGAAUAAGGGGAUAGCCUUGGGAGUCGAAUCCGAGAUGAUGCAGCGACGCGACGUGACUUUUGCCGUGCUAAAAUUUGCCAUCCGAAGCCAUCUUUUCCUACCAUAUUUCUUGCAGCACAGCCUGGUCAACGGAGACAUGCCCGCCGCACUAUCGCUCUGCCAGCAUUUCUCGCACCUCUCAUACUUCCCACAUGCUCUUGAAGUCCUCCUUCACCACGUCCUCGACGACGAAGUCGACAACGAAAGUCGAAACAGCAAAGUCGACGACCCCUCCCUCAAACAAAAGCCCCUCCUCCCCUCCGUUAUCUCCUUCCUCCAAGCCUCCCUCCCUGCCCGCAUCUACCUCGACAUCGUCGUGCAAUGCACGCGCAAGACCGAACUCCGGUCCUGGCGCACCCUGUUCACCUACCUCCCGCCCCCGAAGGAUCUCUUCGAGCAGGCGCUCCGCCUCAACUGUCUCAAGACGGCCGUCGGCUAUCUUCUCGUGCUGCAGGCCUUCGAAGACGAGGAGGGCCACGAGGCGCCCAUCGAAGACUACGUCGUCCGGCUGAUGGCGCUGGCCUCCCAGAAAAGCGAGUGGGAGCUGUGCGCCGAGCUGGCCCGGUUCCUCAUCGCGUUGGACGCGUCGGGCGAGAUGCUGCGCCGGGCUGUUUCGCGCGCAGGUCUGCGCAAUCCGGGCGGAUACGCCGGGACCGGCAGCGUCAAAGGUCUGGGACUGGGGUUGGCCAUCAGUCCGUCGUGGUCGUCGCUGUCCCCGACGUCGUCGAUUUCUCCGCGACGAAGUCCGAAACCAGAAG